UUGGAAUCAUUUCUAGACGUGCUACCCUCUUCGGGUACUUUAUUGAAAUGGACUAACUAUAUAAAUGGAUGGAGAGAAAGGUUUUUUGAGAUAAAAAAUGGUCAACUGUUAUAUUAUGCCAGCAAAGCUGAUCAAGCUUCCGGAUGUCGUGGCAGCAUUUCCUUGAAAAAGCUCGAAGUUACGCUGCAUGAGUUUAAUGAAUGCGAGUUUUCUGUAUCAGUUGGAGACGUUACAUGGCAUUUGAGAGCAGAAAAUCCACACUCGCGUACUUACUGGAUCAAAAGUGACUCAGACUACUGCAGCAAUACCACGAAGACUCAUUCGAGGAACACUUCCCUCUCUUCCCUAACACUAGAACAAAACACGAUGGUGUCACGGAUCGCUGAAUUGGAAGCCUAUCGAACAAUGUAUCGUGAACAGAUGUCAUCGAUUCGUCGAGAAUUGCAACAAAUUGGCGUUCCACAAGCAAAAAUCCUGUCUAUAAAUGCCACACAUGUUGCUAUGCUAGAUAACAUCAAUCAUAUUAUUCAACUAGCCAAAAAUGAGGUACGUUUUCAGAGUUUUCUUUGCAGCUCAAGUUAUUUUUUAUAUUUUUGUGAUUGUGGUGAUGAGUGGCAUGAUGCAGACGAACAUUCAUCACUUUCACUGGAUAGUGCUGAAGAGGCAAUAGAACGGCGAACUCCACCCGGCAUUGCAACUGCAGUGGCAGUGAGCCCACCUUUGCAGCAAAUGGAGAAAAAAACUGUAAUUCCGGUUAAAAUACGGUUCAUGUUUCAGACGCUUUUAUUUGGAGAUUAUGACAAUGUUCUCAUCCCGAAGAGCAGUGUUUAUUAUGAUUUAGUAGAUCAUUUAGCUAAAGAACAGCUCAGGUAUGCCUUAGCUGGCGUUGAAAAUAAAGUAUGGACUCUUUUCGCUGAAGAUGGUGCUAUGAAAAUGUAUACUCGCGAAGAAACGGUCGAUGGUGGCCUACCCGUAGACCCUCUUAAGGCUGUUCAUCAAGUUCAGGGUGUAUCUGCUCUUGAAUUCAUGCACUAUUUCUUCGACGAUAGAUACAAAAUGGAUUGGGACCAUACUCUUAAUGGAAUGCGGGUAGUAGAAAGAAUUAGUCGCGAUACCUUAGUCAUUCUUCAGAAACAUAAAACGGUAUGGCCCGCUGCUUCCCGGGAAUCGCUGUUCGUAUCCCAUAUCCGUCGCGUUGAUGAGUUGAAGCGUGAUGGUGCACAUGAUUUAUAUAUUGUUUGCAACAAGGAUGUUACGAGGGCGGAUGUGCCGGUCACAUCGUCUGGUAUCCGGGUUGGUCUUACGGUUUCGAUGAUUUGUGAGACUGUAAUUAAAAAUGGCAAAAAGCUUAAUGAAGCUUCUCGUGAUGACAUUUUAUGCAAUGUUAUAUAUGUUUCUCAAGUUCAUCCAGGAGGAUGGGUACCGACAGCUGCAUUGAGACAAGUUUAUAAGAGAGAAUAUCCUAAAUUUCUUCGUACUUUCACGAGUUAUGUGCUUAAAAACGUGAAAGGAAAGCCCUUAAGCAUUUAA